CCUCCACGUGCCACGCCAACCUUACGAAUAAAUACUCCACUUCCGCCACGGUGCUCCUCCUCAUCUCAAACCCUCCGCUCCCCACCUACCUGACUGACUCUCUUCUUAUAAUAACCCCUUUCCUUUCCUUAAGCGGUAAUUUCUUCUUUCGUAUGUACCCACCAUAAUAUCUUUUUGAAUUCUCACUACUAUAUAAAUGAGUGAUUUGAGGGUUUUUCUUAGUUGAAGGACGAGCCUUUUUUUUUUUUUUUGUGGUUUUUCUGCUGAGGAGUGUGAUGAUGAGGAACAGGUCGGAAUUAGGGGGGUGUUGUAUAGCCUCCAGGUAUGUCUACAGCGGUGGUGGCGUGAUUUCUUCCCCUUACAUGGUGUCGAAAGCGGAGCAGAUCAUGUUGAGGUACCGGCCUAUCGCUCCGAAGCCAGCAGCCCAGAGUGCCUCCUCCUCGUCCUUGACGGCUGUUGGCAGUGGGGCUGAGGUGAAGCAGAACCCCGCUGCUGUUGGUGGAAGAGGAGGCAGAGCCAAGAGGAGGUGCAGUGAGAUCAAACGGUCCCGAAAGAGGGCACGAAAGCCUCCAACUGCUACUGCAAUGCCUGAAGAAGGGAUUUCAACCUCUCUUAGAGCAGCAUCGGUGUCAGUAUCGGGGUCGGCAUCAUCGGAGAAGGAGAGCUGCUCACUUAUUACGCUGCCUCUCAUGCCAGAGAGGACGCUCGAGAGGAAGGAGGUGCCACAUCAAACUAUGACGUGUGAGCCCCGUGGUUUGUACUCAGUGGAUCCAGCUCCGAAAGCAAAAAGUCAGCAACAAGAGGAACUGGAGGAGGAGUUAGGCUCCUGCUCUCGAAUGGGGGUGGUGGUGCCGCAGCCAAUGCGGCGUGUGGGGUCGUCUGUGACCCUGGAAUGCAUCACCAACGAAUGCAUCUUAGUCUGCAAUGGCAGUGAGUUCAGCAUGAACAGUUUGGCGCCAAGUGCAGAAGAAAUGCAGAAAUUGCUCGAAUGGGAUGAAUCACCCAUCCUCGUAUCAGACUCAUCUAAUCGGGUGGUCUGGACGAACCAGGCCUACCUCCAGCUGGUUGGUCGGCCACCGGAGUGGUGCGGUGGGGGCGGUAGAGGUGAGAUGGUGGUAUUGUGGACGAGAGAGAAGCUGCCACUGAGUUCUUCAUCCUUCUCAUGCAGGGCCAAGAUACAGUGGAGCAGCAACACGCUUAUGGUCCCAUGUGAUGUUUGGAGGGUGUGUAGUGAGCCUGCUGCAAUUUAUUAUUACGCUUGGAAACUAGAUCUGAAGGCGGCCCUUUGCCUUGGAAGAUGAUCCUGGCCCUCGAACAAAGUUCUGGUGUUUGGGGUGUGGGAUGGAGUUUAUUUUGAACCCCAAAGUAAAGUGAAGAAACUUGUGUGCCAUGGAAGAAAUUCCAAACUGUAAAUAAAAUAUGUACAAGUAUCGAGUGAUUUUUUUAUUUUAGCUGCUUUGUUCAGGAGGGAAAUUUCAUGUAAAUAUGCUUGUCUUAUUUGUUACUAAUCUAGGGAAAAACGCAGUUAUGG